CACACACACACACACACACACACACACACACACACACACACUCACUCACACACACACCGAUCUGAUCUCUCUCAUCUGCCAGUCUCAUUUCUUUCCUCCUGACAGACGGAACAUUACUCUCUUCUCUCGUUUUCUCUCUUUCCUCUUUUACACCGUCACUUUCUCUCCAUCUUUCCCUCCAUCUUUUAUCAUCUUCACUAUUGUCUCUUUUCCACAUUACGUUCUGUCUCUACCUUUAAAUCUACUUCUUUCUCUCUUUCUCUGUCUUUCUUUCUCUCUCCUCUCGUUCUUUCUCUCGUUCUUUCUCUCUCUCGUUCUUUCUCUCGUUCUUUCUUUCUCUCUCUUUCUUUCUGUCUCUCUCUCUGUCUCUGUCUCUCUCUGUCUCUCUCUCUCGCUCUCUUUCUCUCUCUCUCUCUCUCUCUCUCUCUCGCUCUCUCUCUCUCUCUCUUGGUCUCUCGUUCUCUCGUUAUUUCCCUCCAUCAUGGAGGCUGUAGCCGUGUUUUCAUUCCGAGCGACAGAACGAGACGAGCUCAGCUUCCAGAAAGGAGAGAUACUGAAGGUGACGGAGAUGGACGAGGAUCCUAAUUGGAUGAUGGCAGAACUCCACGGGAGGCGAGGCUACGUCCCCGAGAACUACAUUAGUCUGUUACCACACCCGUGGUUUGCGGGUCGUGUGUCCAGGCAGCAGGCUGAGCAGCGGUUGCGUUGGGAAGAGAGAGGAGUGUUCCUGGUUCGAGAGUCAGAGAGUUCACCAGGAGAGUUCUCUGUUUCUGUCAGCUAUGGCGACAUGGUGGAGCACUUCCUGGUUCUCGAGGGAUUGGGUCAGUACUGUGUGUGGGAGGAGACUUUCACGUCUCUCAACCGAUUGGUCGAUUUCUACAGAUCGCACAGCAUCGCCCAGGAGAGAACCGUCUACCUGACCGAACCUCCCGACACACCUCUACACACACACACACCCGCACACCCUCUCACACACACUGCCGUUCAUCUACAGGACCCUAACCCAAACCCUUACACACCUCUACGAACACACACACACACCGCUAACCCGUAUCUAGCUGAGCACCCCACACACACCUCUCACCCUCACACACACCACACCCCUAACACACACCCCACACACACCUCUCACCCUCACACACACCACACACACACCUCUCACCCCUCGGCCGGCUUCUCCAAAAGAAGAGAACCAAGCAAGAGCCCGAACUGGGGUUAUUCUGCCCCUACAUAACCACACACACACACACACACACACACACACAGACACAGACACAGACACACACACACACACACACACUGACCAACACACACACACACACAGACAC